AGGUGGGGGUAAUACAUUUUAUGGGUGUAGUCUCCCAAUUAACCUUGAAGAAGAAGAAGAAGAAGCAGGCUCAUAACUCAACAAAAACGUUCGCUAACAAAUGGGGUCCUUCCAGUGCGUCGCGCGGAGCAGCUGAUUUUGUGUAGAGCUGCUAGGCAUUUUCAAGCUCAGUGCGGGACAAGAUGACCACAGCCAGGUAUCGGCCCACCUGGGACCUGACCCUGGACCCCCUGGUCUCCUGCAAACUGUGCCUUGGAGAGUUUCCCCUGGAGCAAAUGACCACCAUCACUCAGUGUCGAUGUGUCUUCUGUACACUGUGCCUGAAGCAGUAUGUGGAACUCCUGAUCAAAGAGGGCCUCGAAACUGCUAUUAGCUGUCCAGACUCUGCCUGUCCAAAACGAGGACACUUACUGGAAAAUGAGAUCGAGUGCAUGGUGGCUUCAGAGGUUAUGCAGAGACACAAGAAGCUACAGUUUGAGAGGGAGGUGCUUCUGGACCCGUGUCUGACGUGGUGCCCGUCGUCGUCGUGCCAGUCAGUGUGCCAGCUGAAGGAGACUGAGGUGGCGCUGCCCCAGCUGGUGCAGUGUGCCGUGUGCACCCUGGAGUUCUGCUCGGCCUGCAAGGCUAACUGGCACCCCGGGCAGGCCUGCCCACCACAGGAGAACAACCUGCCCAUCACCGCCUUCCUACCUGGAGAGACCAGCUCCUUCUACAAGAGUGACGAUGACGACGGUCCCAUCAAGCGCUGUCCCAAGUGUAAGAUGUACAUAGAGAGAGACGAGGGCUGUGCCCAGAUGAUGUGCAAGAACUGCAAACACGCCUUCUGCUGGUACUGCCUGGAGUCACUGGACGAUGACUUCCUCCUGAUCCACUUUGACAAAGGACCCUGUCGAAACAAACUGGGUCACUCCAGGUCAUCUGUCACCUGGCACAGAACACAGGUGGUGGGGAUCUUUGCUGGCUUUGGCCUGCUCCUGCUGGUGGCCUCUCCCUUCCUCCUCCUGGCCACACCAUUCAUCCUCUGCUGCAAGUGCAAGUGCAGCAAAGGAGAUGACGACCCCUUUCCCACCUAAACCCCACCUCACCCCACCAAGCAGGCGGGUGAAUAGUCCCCCCCCCCCUCCCCUGCCAUGGGCCAUUUUUCCUUUUUGUUCCUUUUUCUGUUUCCUCCCUCCAACCUUGGAGCGCUGCUUCAUUUAACGGGACUGGGGCCUAGCUGUGCUGUCUCGCCCAGCCGCGUCCCGAUCCAUCUCACUCCACAGUGCCAUGGUGGGAGAGGAGGAGGAGGAGGAGGAGGAGGAGACCCUGUGCCCCCUGGCCUGGUGGAAGAGAUCAAAGGUCACAGAGGUCAGACUUUGAGGAGGACAAUGAUGCCCCUCUCUGUAUGGGUUUGGGGGCUUGUGUACGUAUACUGUUACAGGGCCACUCUGAGGCGUUGAGCUGUGCUUCAGGCAGUACAAGACAAGAGGAGGAUGUUUUAUCAAGACAAGAGGGUGUUUUAUCAAGACAAGAGGAGGGUGUUUUAUCAAGACAAGGGAUAAACACAUUAGGAUGUCUUGAUCAGGUUUGGGGUCAAUUCGAAUUGAAGGCAGUCAAUUCAGGAAGUAAACUAAAAUUACAAUUCAAUAAUUGAAAAAAUUGCAUUUAUUUUAAUGACUUCUCAAUAAACUGAAAAGUAGAAACUAUUUAUUUCAAACGUUUUUACAUUUCAGAAUUAGAAAUUCAAAUCACUUCCAUGAAUUUACUGCCUUCAAUUUGAAUUGAGCCUAACCCUGUUCUAGAUCCCCUCGUCGGGACAUUUUCACGCAGAAGCCGCUAAAAUCAGAGGACCUUUCACUUGAACUCACUUUAAUCGAGUUUCUGUUUUUGUUCAUUUGUGGAACACAAAGCUUUCAACCCCCCUGCUCGCUCUCUGUGUAGCUCUCAACAUACAGGAAGUAGCACUGGAGUUACAUGAUGACACACCUUUUGUGUUCACUCUGUUUGCACAUGAGACUCCGUUUGUCACUUUAAGGACCGGGGCGGGAGUUGGGAGGUUUUCUCUCUCUCACUCCCCUGUUCAGCACGUUCUCUUGGUGAUGUCAAUGUUUUUGUAAUAUUUUGCUCUGUUCCAACUAUCAGCAAGAAGGUAUUCCUUUUACGAAUUCUUAUAUGUGUCUGCAGGUAUUUGUGAGGGUGUCCCAUUAAGAUAAUCAUGGCCCUGUGUUCACACGGUCUCAGAGUAGGACUGCUGAUCUAGGCAAGACUAAACUGAUCCUAGAUUAGCACUCUUACUCUGAAACACUUUGUGAAUACAGGCCCUGAACCUUAGUGUCCCCAUCCACACAGAUGUGAACAAACCAUUUGGAACUGGUUCCGGCUUCUGUUGUCGAAUGGAAUACCUGAAUAUAGAUGUCAUGCCAUUCAUUCCGAGUUCCUCUAAUCCCAGAUAAGCAUAUUGCUUAGCCAAAUAGAAACAAAUGGCCUUAAAUAAAUUAGAAAAGUAGCCAAAAAGCCACCUUAGUAGUCUGAAGAAUAUGGCUUUUGUCCAAUUCCGUCCUUAUGAAAGCACACUUAAAUUAUGAAUUUGUGUAAUGCAUCACAAUCAGUCAUUAAAACCUGUUUAUUGUCAGGUAGAACAUAAGAGAUGAAUUCAUGUCUCUCUGAUACAAAGAUGUCUCUUCAUAUCAUCCAUAUCACAUUGAUGUUGGUCAUAUAUAUCCAACUACUGUAAUGAACAAUAAUCCUAUACAAAUGUUUUUUGUUGUGUGAACCAGUGGAAAACUUGCAUAUGUUAGUGGUAUGGUUGUCAAUGUUUUCAUUAGGAGAAAGUCGAUCUCUCUCUACAUGCAGCUAACCUUUGCAAGGAUAUCAAAACGUCACUAGACUGUUUUGGACACAUCCGAAAGCUGCUCUACACAUCACUGUAUCUAUGCAAGUUUGUACGUUUCCAAUCUUACUAGGUCUUGCUAAUAGUGUGGUCAUAGCAAGUGGUUCAGUAUGUUAUACCAGAUUCCCUGUGCCAUCAUCUCAUCAUACGGUAGUGUUUUACAAAAGGGUGGUUGACUUACAUCAGAUGUAUCAUGGAUUUGAUUUGACCUAUCUGGGAAGUCCUACAUGAUUGAAUCACCAUCCUUUGUCCUUAUGUAGUUCCAUCAGACCGUGUGGUGAGGAUGCAUGUAGCUACACCAUUUCUCGCUCUGAAACACAUUUAAAGGGGCAAUCUGCUACAUCAAGUUUUUGACUUUUAAAUUCAUUAUAGCCAUUGAUUCAUGAAGAAUAUAACUGUCUCAUGAGCUUAGUGCAACUGUAUAACCCCAUUAGAAACCAAACUAUAAGCUUGUUUUACGCCUUUGUUUAUAAACAAUAAUUGUAUAGCCUCAAAAUGGUUAACUAUAGUUUUGAUAUCAUGGAUGGUCAGUCCUUGCAUCCAUAGCUGUUUUAUGAAUUUAAGAUUGGUUACAUUUCUCCUUCUGCUGUUUACCGAAACGGUGGCGAGGUGCCCACUUUUUUUAUUGUUUGAACUGCAGAUUGCCCCUAAACUCGAGGAGUCAUUAUCAUUUCAACCAUCACUUAGCUACUUUGGAACACAUACAGAAUACUGAGAUACUCUUCCCAGAAGUUCCUGAUUUUAAUGUUGCUCUUCCAUAUUGGUCUCCAUGUAGCAUUCAAAUAGGGGGUAUGGCAGUUACUGGAACUAGCAUUAGCUAUCACCUUACCUCAUGGUAGCCAUUUACUUUAAAAACACAAAGAGAAUGUUCGCCUAAAUGUUUGAGUACCUCGUCUGUAGCCUCAUUUUCUUCUAACCCUUAAUGCAUCAAAGCCUGUAAUUCCAAAACUUUUCACUUGAUCUUAUUGAACCUUCUUUUCUGGCAGUAAGUAAUAUUAAGGUCUCAACUGAACAUGUGGAUCACUGAGCUGACCAUGACUUUGUAUGACUAUCUUGCCAAGCAAGUCUCUCCUGGGUGGCAAUGGCGAAAUUGAAUGGUGUAGAGUAAGUGAAUAGCAUGAAGCGUCUAUAUGGUGUGGAUGUUAAUGUUGGAGGUUGAGCUUUCUUCGAAUACUCUACAGUAUGACGGUGUACUAUUGUUUUGGUUUUCAAGAUGUAGUAUGUUCAUUAAAUACUGUAGUUCUUUCUGGAAAGGUUGAGUUAUUGAAGGGGUUCGGAGAUUGUAAUCAGAAAAAAUGUAGCCUCUAUUUCCAGGCUUCCUCACAACUCGGAGACUUGGAAGGAUGGCAUUGUGGGACAAUAGGAAAUGUAACAGAGAACUGGAAACAAGUUAUUAUCCAUUUGGUUUAGUGGGAUGUUGAGCUGGGAAGAAAUCUUGAAUAUUUGUCCUCUGACUCAACUGAUUAGGUUGUUGGCUUUUCAUAUGGUUACACAGUAUCUACCAAUCAAACUACAAGGACUCGUACGGUCAUUGGUGUCAUCUGGUUUCAUUCAGCAUUAUGCAGCAAAGGGCCAAAAAUCGUACAUUAAACGCCAUUCACCUUGAGGUGAGGCCAUGCAUGUUGCACAAUUAUUUUCCAAGGCUUGAAACUUAUUUUGCUUUGUUGACAUUUCUAUUGUAGUAAAUUUAGGUUAUGUAAAAAAUUACGUUGCUCUUGGUUUUAAAAUUGCAUGUUGUACUCUACCGUUUCUAUGUGUUUUAAGAAGACAAACUAUGCCUCUUCAUUUUAGGGACUGAAACAAGUCCUUAAAUUCUGGACGUUUUUGGUCAUGACAUACUCUUUAUCCUCGCUUUUGAAGUUUGCCUUUCACAUUUAAGAUACCUUUGUGUUAUACUCGUUCUGUUGGCUUUGAUGCAGUUAGUCAUAAAUGAAUGACUUGUAUUUGUGUUAACUGUGGAAGGGAAGAAUUCAAAUGUUCAACUUUUCAAAAGAUGUAACCUUUUAAUUUGGCAUGUGGACAGCCUUGGAUAAACCUUCUCCUUUGUAUCUACUCUUUCACCAACACUGUGACAUGGAAUAAAUUUGGUUGGUUGUUU